AUGCUGGGUCGAGCUGGAAGGCUGACGCCGCUGCUGGGCCGCUCGCUGGCCGCGCAGACGCGAUGCUUCGCUGCGAAGCCCAAGAUCCAAGUGCCCGUGGACAAGACCAAGGUGCAUGAGACGCCCAUCGUGCAGAACUGCGGAGGAGACUUCAUGCGCUGGAUGGGGCCCGGCAGCCGCUUCCAGAUGUACUGCUCUCUGCUGCUGUCGGGCAGCCUCGUGUACCAGGCCGACGCCAGCGCCAACAUGCUCGAGGUGCGAAUCGAAGCGAAGAGCUCUUUUAGGAGUAUGGAGGAUGCAGAGGUGCUUGCGACCAGUGGAACCAUUUGCAGCGCGUCGAUGACCGUCUUCUUUGGCGCCAAGAGGCUGUGCGAUAAAGUGGUGACGGACAUUGUGUCGUGCCGGAGGAUGGGUGACCCCAACGAGUUCGUGCGGGUGUCGGUCAUGGGCGUCGGGGUCAAGGAGGUGCUGGAGGCCUCGCCGAAAGACUUGAAGUUGCUCGGGCACAACGGCAAGGACGCGUACAGUUUUGUGCUGGGUGGACGACGACUUCAGCUGGACACGUCCACCGGCGAAUGUUUGAACCGAAAGGCGUUGGAUAUUCUGAUGCAGGGCAGACCGCUCGUCACGAGGAAGGUCAAGCAGGGCAAGAAGGGAUCGCGCAGAUAG